GAAGUAAACACCGUAACACGUUACGUGAAUCAUUUCCUUUCUCUAUUUUAUUAUCGCAAUGGCGCUUACUACAGAUGCUGAUGAACUAAAAGUGCAAUCAGAUUUGCUAAAUCCAAAUUUUGACGGUUACAAAUUAUCUCUGGAGCCUUUACCAACAUAUAAAACUAAUUUGGAAACAGAAAUUGAUGUUGCCACUCUCACUGAUAAGCAAUUUUCAUAUCAACACUUGAAAGCUUUAGGCUGCCAUAAUCAUCUAAUUUUAGAUCAGUGGGCUAUGAAUGCUGGCCAUUACAUUCUUUAUUUUGUUGAUAAACUAUGGAAUAUUUGCUGCAUAGAACUAACCACUGAAAGUGGACAUCCAAAAUUAAUUAAUGUCAAUCCAGCUUUCCAAAUACCAAACCGAAACAAUCUCCAUUUGAUACCUGGACGUCACAAUGUUACAAUAAACUUCCCUGCUCCAGACUGGGCUGUAAUAGCAGAUGGUGCUGGCACUCUAUAUUUACUGGAAACUGGACUUCGAACAAAUGUGCAAGAUAGAUCCUCAUCAUGGCAACUCCGUUUCACCAAAUCUGAUGUUCUUGGUGAAAACCGUGGUCUAUUUAUACUAUGUGAUGCUUUAUUCCAUACUGAGAAUGAGAGUCAUUUUGUUGAAUGUCUGAUACUACACGUUGAUGAAGCUGAUGAAGAACUGAAGGACAAGUAUAAUGCUACCUUUAUGACUGUUCUUGAAUGGUUAACUCUGUCUUCAGAUGAUAAACAGAUUUGGUCUGUGAAGCAAACUCGAAGAUUACGUAGCUCCCGAAGUGCUGACUGCUGUUUUUUUGAAAAGAGUGGUAAAGCCAUUUAUAUAGCAGGAGAUAGACUAUUUCAAAUGAUUUAUGAUUCUGAGCGACCAAUAAAUACAACUGAAGAAAAAGAACCAUUAAAAGAUGAUUGCCCCCCUGAAUACACGUGGAUGCAGAAUGCAGAGUCUGUUACUGUUCAUUUUUUGCUGCCAGAAGGAACACCAAAAGAAUCAAUUUACAUCACUCUUCAAUCUGAUUACAUUGAUGUAGGAUUUAAAACUGGUAACCAGUUGUUAUCAGGACAACUUGACCAUCUAAUUAACACACAAGAAUCUACAUGGACUUUAAAUGAUAACAAACUUGAAGUGUAUUUGUCCAAGAGAGAUGGAAGUAUGUGGUCUCUUGUUGUCAGAGGUAAUAUGCGUGGUGAAAUGGUUGCAUCUGAGGAACAACUGGCUGAGAUACACAAUAGGUUAUCUCAUCUAACUUCUGAACAAUGGAACCCCAAUCCAGACAAGCAAAAUAAACCCUUCAACAGCCAACAGUUAGAAGAUUGUGAUGCCUAUCCCGAUACACAGGCCAUGUUAGUGCGUAUUGAUGGUGUCAAACAUGAAAUUACACACCAGGCCCAUCUUGGAAGUCAUCAAUGGCUUUUCAACACCUUCACUGAUGUUGAGAAAGCUCCUGCUGUCUGUCUACGCCAUGAUGUUGAUGGAUUAGUGUGGCAGUUAGGUGAUGAUGACAGCUUUGACUUGGCUACACAACCAUGGCGACAUGUAGCAACAUUCAACGCAUUUGGUUAUGUUCAAGCUUCAAAACAACAAAAGAAAUUUUCAACUUGUCCACCUGACUUCUCUUAUGUAAUCAUCAGCGAUUGUUCGAAACAUUGUUACAUAUAUCGUCAACCAUUAGCCAUUACUUCAUCAAUUAGAAACCGUAAGACUGGACAUCAAGUAACAGCUGUUGCUAAGCAGCAAGUACUCUCUUUGGAAGCAGCAGAAAAUAUUAUGGGUGUCCAGGCAACUAAUCAUUAUCUUUUUAUUUUAACACCAACCAAACUUCUAGCUGUCAAUAUGGAAUUACAUUAAACUUAAUUACCUUACUGCUCUUUUCCAAUUAAACUAAUGAAAUAUUG